AGCAGUUCCCAGCCGUCUGCCUGACAGGAAACGUGCAGACCUCCGGGCCGGCGCUGCUCGCGAGGGUGGGGCUCCGGAGAGGGGGCGGUGCGUGGUCCGGACUCUUGGCAUCUCUUUCUGCAGCUGGUAUUGAUGUCUUAAAAAAAAAAAAGAGGAUUUAGUAAAGUGUUUGGAUUUUACUGAAACUCAGCAAAGAUGGCCAAGUAUGGAGAACAUGAGGCCAGGCCUGAUGACGGGCAGAACGAAUUUAGUGACAUCAUUAAGUCCCGAUCUGAUGAACACAAUGACGUGCAGAAGAAAACCUUUACCAAAUGGAUAAAUGCCCGCUUUUCAAAGAGUGGGAAACCGCCCAUCAGUGAUAUGUUCACAGACCUCAAAGAUGGAAGGAAACUGUUGGAUCUUCUGGAAGGCCUCACGGGAGCAUCGCUGCCGAAGGAACGUGGUUCCACAAGGGUGCAUGCUUUAAAUAAUGUCAACAGAGUGCUGCAGGUUUUACAUCAGAACAAUGUGGAUUUGGUGAAUAUCGGAGGGACGGACAUUGUAGAUGGGAAUCACAAGCUGACGCUGGGCUUGCUGUGGAGCAUUAUUUUGCACUGGCAGGUAAAAGAUGUGAUGAAGGACAUCAUGUCAGCCUUGCAGCAGACAAAUAGCGAGAAGAUCCUGCUGAGCUGGGUGCGCCAGUCCACCAGGUCAUAUAGCCAGGUCAACGUCCUCAACUUCACCACCAGCUGGACAGACGGACUCGCCUUUAAUGCCCUGCUCCACCGACAUAAACCUGAUCUCUUCAGCUGGGAUAGAGUUCUCAAGAUGUCUCCCACUGAGAGACUUGAACAUGCCUUCGAGGCUCAAACGUACUUGGGAAUUGAAAAGCUGUUAGAUCCUGAAGAUGUUGCUGUUCAGCUUCCUGACAAGAAAUCCAUAAUUAUGUAUUUAACAUCUUUGUUUGAGGUGCUACCUCAGCAAGUCACCAUCGAUGCCAUCCGUGAAGUAGAGACUCUCCCAAGGAAAUACAAGAGAGAAUGUGAAGAAGGGGAUAUGAAUAUACAGGUAAAGAGCUCAGCGCCGGAGGAGGAGCACGGGAGCCCCCGGGCCGACACCCCCAGCACCGUCACCGAGGUGGACAUGGACCUGGACAGCUAUCAGACAGCCCUGGAGGACGUGCUGACCUGGUUGCUUUCUGCCGAGGACACGUUCCAGGAGCAGGAUGACAUCUCGGAGGAUGUGGAGGAAGUCAAGGAGCAGUUUGCCACCCACGAAGCUUUUAUGAUGGAGCUGACUGCACACCAGAGCAGUGUGGGGAGCGUCCUGCAGGCAGGGAACCAGCUGAUAACACAAGGGACUCUGUCCGAUGAAGAGGAGUUUGAAAUUCAGGAGCAGAUGACCCUGCUGAAUGCUAGAUGGGAGGCCCUCAGGGUGGAGAGUAUGGACAGACAGUCCCGGCUGCAUGACGUGCUGAUGGAGUUGCAGAAGCAGCAGCUGCAGCAGCUCUCUGCCUGGUUGACGCUCACGGAAGAACGCAUUCAGAAGAUGGAGACCUGUCCCCUGGAUGACGAUUUACAAUCCUUGCAAAAGCUGCUAGAAGAUCAUAAAAGCUUGCAAAAUGAUCUUGAGGCUGAGCAGGUGAAGGUAAAUUCGUUAACUCACAUGGUGGUGAUUGUUGAUGAAAACAGCGGUGAGAGUGCCACAGCCGUCCUGGAAGAUCAGCUACAGAAACUUGGUGAACGUUGGACAGCAGUGUGCCGAUGGACUGAGGAACGCUGGAAUAGGUUACACGAAAUCAACAUCUUGUGGCAGGAAUUAUUGGAAGAACAGUGCUUGCUGAAAGCUUGGCUAACCGAAAAAGAAGAGGCGUUAAAUAAAGUCCAGACGAGCAACUUCAGAGACCAAAAGGAGCUAAGCAUCAGUGUUCGUCGCCUGGCUAUUUUGAAGGAAGACAUGGAAAUGAAGCGUCAAGCCUUGGACCAGCUGAGUGAGAUUGGCCAGGAUGUGGGCCAAUUACUUGAUAACCCUAAGGCAUCUAAGAAGAUCAACAGUGAUUCCGAGGAACUGACUCAGAGAUGGGAUUCUCUGGUUCAGAGACUAGAAGAUUCCUCCAACCAGGUGACUCAGGCUGUAGGAAAGCUGGGGAUGUCCCAAAUUCCUCAGAAGGACCUUUUGGAGACUGUUCACAUAAGAGAACAAGUGACCACCAAAAGGUCUAAGCAAGAACUGCCUCCUCCUCCUCCUCCAAAGAAGAGACAGAUCCCCGUGGAUGUGGAAGCGAAGAAAAAGUUUGAUGCCCUGAGUGCAGAGCUGCUGGACUGGAUUUUGAAAUCAAAGACUGCCAUUCAGGCCACAGAGAUAAAAGAAUAUAAGAAGAUGCAAGAGACUUCAGAAAUGAAAAAGAAGUUGAAGGGAAUAGAAAAAGAACAGACAGAAAGAAGACCCAGACUAGACGAAUUAAACAAAACUGGACAAAUCCUUUUGGAGCAAAUGGGAAAAGAAGGUCUUCCGACUGAAGAUAUAAAGCAUAUCCUGGAGAAGGUAUUAUCUGAAUGGAAGACUGUAUCUCAGCAUUUGGAAGAUUUGGCAAGAAAGAUUCAGCUCCAGGAAGAUACAAACACUUAUUUUAAGCAACUCGACGAGCUUGACAAGACCAUAAAGACAAAGGAGGAGUGGCUAGAACAUGCCCCCUCUUCGGCAUCCCCCCAGCAGGCCUUGCGGAGUGUGAAGCGGGAACUGACGAGUCUCCUUGGCCUCCACCCCGGAAUUGAAACGGUGCGUGCCAGCUGCGCAGCCCUGAAGUCUAGGCCUUCUGCCCCCGAUUUUGUCCAGCAGAGCUUUGAACGCCUCCUGGGCCGCUACCAAUCUGUGCAGCAGGAUUUAGAGGAUCGUCAGCAACAGCUAGAGAACGAGAUGAAGAGCCAACCUGGACAUGCAUAUUUGGAAACGUUGAAAACUCUGAAAGAUAUGCUAAAUGAUUUAGAAAGCAAGGCCCAGACAUCGCUGGAUGUCUUGAAUGAACCUGCAAAGGUGGAGAAGGCCCUGCAGGAAAAAAAGGCUCUUGAUGAAAUCCUUGAGAAUAAAAAACCUACAUUAUUUAAACUUGCAGAAGAAACAAAGGCUUUGGAGAAAAACGUUUCUCCAGAUGUAGGAAAAAUGUAUAAUCAAGAAUUCAACGAUGUUCAAGGAAAGUGGAACAAAGUGAAGGUCAAGGUUUCCAAAGAUCUGCAUUUGCUUGAAGAAAUGAUCCCCAAACUGAGAGCUUUUGAGGCUGAUUCGAAAGUCAUUGAGAAGUGGAUGGAGGGUGCGAAAGACUUCUUAAUGGAAGAGCAGGCUGUCCAGGGAGAUGCUGAAGGGCUACAAAGGCAGCUUGACCAAUGCUCGGCUUUUGUUAACGAAAUAGAUACAGUGGAAUCAUCGCUGAAAAACAUGAAGGAAGUAGAGACACACCUUCGAAGUUGUCCAGUUGCUGGAAUCGAAACCUGGGUGCAGACCAAACUAGUUGACUACCAAACCCAACUGGAGAAAUGUAGCAAGGAGAUUUCUAUUCACAAAAAUAAGUUGUCUGAAAGACAGGAAAAAGUGGUGAAUCUGAAGAAAGAUUUGUCAGAGAUGCAAGAAUGGAUGACCCAGGAGGAAGAAGAAUACCUGGAGAGAGAUUUUGAAUACAAGUCACCGGAAGAACUUGAGAGUGCCGUGGAAGAAAUGAAGAGGGCGAAAGAGGAUGUGUUGCAGAAGGAGGUGAAAGUGAAGAUUCUGAAGGACAACAUCAAGUUAAUGGCUAAAAAGGUGCCCUCUGCUGGCCAGGAGUUGACAUCUGAGCUGGAUGUUGUGCUGGAGAAUUACCAGCUUCUUUGCAACAGAAUUCGAGGAAAGUGCCACACGCUCGAGGAGGUAUGGUCUUGUUGGAUUGAACUUCUUCACUAUUUGGACCUUGAGACCAGCUGGCUGAACACUCUGGAAGAGCGAAUGAGGAGCACAGGCCUGCCGGAGAAGGCAGACGCUAUCAACGAGGCCCUGGAGUCUCUAGAAUCUGUUUUGCGACAUCCAGCAGAUAAUCGCACCCAGAUUCGGGAACUUGGCCAGACUCUGAUUGAUGGAGGGGUCCUUGAUGACAUAAUCAGUGAGAAACUGGAGGCUUUCAACAGUCGAUAUGAAGAAUUGAGUCACUUGGCAGAGAGCAAGCAGAUUUCUUUGGAAAAACAACUCCAGGUCCUGCGGGAAACUGAUCACAUGCUUCAAGUUUUGCAGGAGAGCUUACGAGAGCUGGACAAGCAGCUCACAACCUACCUGACGGACAGGGUAGACGCCCUCCAAGUUCCGCAGGAAGCUCAGAAAAUGCAAGCAGAGAUCUCUGCCCAUGAGCUAACGCUGGAGGAGUUGAGAAGAAAUGCGCGCUCUCAGCCUCCGACCUCCCCGGAAGGCAGGACUGCUAGAGGAGGAAGUCAGAUGGAUGUCCUGCAGAGGAAACUUCGAGAGGUAUCCACCAAGUUCCAGCUUUUCCAGAAGCCUGCGAACUUCGAACAGCGCAUGCUUGACUGCAAGCGUGUACUGGAUGGUGUGAAAGCAGAACUGCAUGUGCUGGAUGUGAAGGACGUGGAUCCUGAUGUCAUCCAGACCCACCUGGACAAGUGUAUGAAACUCUAUAAAACUCUAAGUGAAGUCAAGCUUGAAGUGGAGACAGUAAUCAAAACAGGAAGGCACAUUGUUCAGAAGCAGCAAACCGACAACCCCAAGGGGCUGGACGAGCAGCUGACUUCUCUAAAGGUGCUCUACAAUGACCUGGGUGCCCAGGUGACGGAGGGAAAACAGGAUCUGGAAAGAGCAUCCCAGUUGGCCCGGAAAAUGAAGAAAGAGGCUGCUUCUCUCUCAGAGUGGCUUUCGGUGACUGAAACGGAACUGGUACAGAAAUCCAAUUCGGAAGGUUUGCUUGGAGACUUGGAUACAGAGAUUUCCUGGGCUAAAAAUAUUCUGAAGGAUCUGGAAAAGAAAAAAGCUGAUUUAAAUACCAUCACAGAGAGUAGUGCUGCCCUUCAGAACUUGGUCGAGGGCAGCGAGCCUGUUUUAGAAGAGAGGCUCUGUGUCCUCAACGCUGGGUGGAGCAGAGUACGCACCUGGACUGAGGAUUGGUGCAAUACCUUAAUGAGCCAUCAGAAUCAGCUAGAAAUAUUUGAUGGAAACGUUGCUCAUAUAAGUACCUGGCUUUAUCAAGCUGAAGCCCUAUUGGAUGAGAUUGAAAAAAAACCAGCAAGUAAACAGGAAGAAGUUGUGAAGCGUUUACUAUCUGAGCUGGAUGAUGCCAGACUGCAAGUUGAGGAUGUUCGCGAUCAAGCCGUUGUUUUGAUGAAUGCUCGUGGAGGCUCGUGCAGGGAACUUGUAGAACCCAAAUUAGCUGAGCUGAAUAGAAACUUUGAAAAGGUGUCUCAACACAUCGAAAGUGCCAAUCUGCUAAUUGGCCAGGAACCAUUAUCAUACCAAUCUCUGGCCACCACUGAAGCACUUGAAGCUGAUGUGCCUUUCUCUGACUUGGAAAAAUUAGAAAGUGACAUAGAAUAUAUGUUAAAAGUUGUGGAAAAGCCCUUGGAAUCCAGUAAUGAAGAUGAAAAGAUGGAUGAGGAAAGAGCCCAAAUUGAGGAAGUUCUACAAAGAGGAGAACAAAUGUUACAUCAACCUAUGGAGGAUAAUAAAAAAGAAAAGAUCCGUUUGCAGUUAUUACUUUUGCACACAAGAUACAACAAAACGAAGGCAAUUCCUAUUCAACAGAAGACAACAGGCCAACUGGCUUCCGGAAUUAAAUCAUCACUUCUCCCUACAGAUUAUUUGGUUGAAAUUAACAAGGUUUUACUUUCUAUGGAUGAUGCUGAGUUAUCACUUAAUACUCCAGAGCUAAGCACUGCUGUGUAUGAAGACUUCUCUUUUCAAGAAGAUGCUCUGAAGAAUAUCAAAGACCAACUGGACAAACUUGGAGAGCAGAUCGCAGUCAUUCACGAGGAACAACCAGAUGUUAUCCUCGAAGCUUCUGUACCUGAAGUCAUGCAGAUCCGGGAUAUGCUAACUCAACUGGAUGCAAAAUGGGACAGAAUUAAUAGAAUGUAUGAUGAUCGUAAAGGUUAUUUUGACAGGACUAUGGAAGAAUGGAGACAGUUCCACUGUGACCUUAAUGACCUCACCCAGUGGACAACUGAAGCUGAAGAGUUACUGGCUGACACCUUGGCUCCAGAUGGUGGCCUGGACCUAGAGAAAGCCAGAGUCCACCAGGAGGAACUUGAAGAGGGGAUCAACAGUCACCAGCCCAGUUUUGCAGCACUAAACAGAACUGGGGACGGGAUUGUCCAGAGACUCUCCCCCACAGAUGGGAGCUUCUUAAAAGAAAAGCUGGCAGGUCUAAACCAACGUUGGGGUGCCAUCAUCGCAGAAGUGAAGGAUCGGCAGCCAAGGCUAAAAGGAGAAAGCAAGCAAGUGAUGGAAUAUAGAAAGAGACUAGACGAGAUUAUCUGUUGGUUAACAAAAGCAGAGAAUGCUGUGCAAAAGAGAUCCACCACCGAGCUGGAAGAAAACCGGAAAGAAUUAACAGACUUAAACCAGGAGAUGGACAUACAAGCUGAGAAACUCAAAUGGCUGAAUAGAACUGAACUGGAAAUGCUUUCAGAUAAAAGCCUGAGUUUACAUGAAAGAGAAAAGAUUUCAGAAAGCUUAAGAACUGUAAAUUCAACCUGGAAUAAGGUAUGCAGAGACGUGCCGAGUGCACUGAAGGAAUGCGUCCCGGAGCCCUGUUCUGUUUCUCAGUCAAGAACUGCUGCUCAUCCUGGUGCCCUAAAGGUGGUGCUAGUAUCCUCUGCAUCAGAAUCUUCUGCUCAGUCUCCUCGUACUUCAGAAAUUUCAAUCCCUGCUGAUCUGGAUAAAACGAUAACAGAACUAGCCGACUGGUUGGUAUUGAUCGACCAGAUGCUGAAGUCCAACAUUGUCACUGUCGGGGAUGUGGAAGAGAUCAAUAAGACGGUUUCCAGAAUGAAAAUCACAAAGGCGGACUUGGAACAGCGCCACCCUCAGCUUGAUUAUGUUUUUACACUGGCUCAGAAUUUGAAAAAUAAAGCUUCCAGUUUAGAUGUGAGAACAGCAAUAACAGAAAAAUUGGAGAAGGUCAGGAACCAGUGGGAUAGCACUCAGCAUGGUGUAGAGUUGCGGCAGCAACAGCUGGAGGACAUGGUGAUUGACAGCCUACAGUGGGAUGACCACAGAGAAGAGACUGAAGAACUUAUGAGAAAAUAUGAGGCUCGACUCUAUAUUCUUCAACAAGCCCGAAGGGAUCCACUUAUCAAACAAAUUUCUGAUAAUCAAAUACUGCUUCAAGAACUGGGUCCUGGCGACGGGAUCGUGAUGGCGUUCGAUAACAUCCUGCAGAAGCUGCUGGGAAAAUAUGGUAGCGAUGACACGAGGAACGUGAAAGAAACCACCGAGUAUCUGAAAGCAUCAUGGAUCAAUCUCAAACAAAGCAUUGCUGACAGACAGAAUGCCUUGGAGGCUGAGCUGAGGGCAGUGCAGGCCUCUCGCAAGGACCUAGAGAAUUUCCUAAAGUGGCUACAAGAAGCAGAAACCACAGUGAAUGUCCUUGCAGAUGCCUCUCAGCGGGAGAAUGCUCUUCAGGAUACUGUCUUGGCCAAGGAGCUCACACAGCAGAUGCAGGACAUCCAGGCGGAAAUUGAUGCCCACAAUGACAUAUUUAAAAGUAUUGAUGGGAACAGGCAGAAGAUGGUAAAAGCACUAGGAAAUUCUGAAGAGGCUACUAUGCUUCAACAUCGACUCGAUGAUAUGAACCAAAGGUGGAACGACUUGAAAGCAAAAUCUGCUAGCAUCAGGGCCCAUUUGGAGGCCAGUGCUGAGAAGUGGAACCGGUUGCUGAUGUCCCUGGAAGAACUGAUCAAAUGGCUGAAUAUGAAAGAUGAAGAGCUUCAACAACAAAUGCCUAUUGGAGGGGAUGUUCCAGCCUUACAGCUCCAAUAUGAUCAUUGUAAAGCACUGAGACGUGAGUUAAAGGAGAAGGAAUAUUCUGUCCUGAAUGCAAUAGACCAAGCUCGAGUUUUCCUGGCUGAUCAGCCGAUUGAGGCCCCCGAGGAACCAAGAAGAAACAUACAAUCAAAAACAGAAUUGACUCCCGAGGAGAGAGCCCAAAAGAUUGCCAAAGCCAUGCGCAAACAGUCUUCGGAAGUUAAAGAGAAGUGGGAAAGUCUAAAUGCUGUAACUAGUAACUGGCAAAAGCAGGUGGACAAGGCGUUGGAGAAACUCAGAGACCUUCAGGGAGCCAUGGACGACCUAGAUGCUGACAUGAAGGAGGCAGAGGCCGUGAGGAAUGGCUGGAAGCCCGUCGGCGACUUACUCAUCGACUCGCUGCAGGAUCACAUUGAAAAAACCAUGGCAUUUAGAGAAGAAAUUGCACCAAUCAACUUAAAAGUUAAAACAAUGAAUGAUUUAUCGAGUCAGCUGUCUCCACUUGACCUGCACCCAUCUCUGAAGAUGUCUCGCCAGCUAGAUGACCUUAAUAUGCGAUGGAAACUUCUGCAGGUUUCUGUGGACGAUCGCCUUAAGCAGCUUCAGGAAGCCCAUAGAGAUUUUGGACCAUCUUCUCAGCAUUUUCUCUCCACUUCAGUCCAGCUGCCGUGGCAAAGAUCCAUUUCACAUAAUAAAGUGCCCUAUUACAUCAACCAUCAAACACAGACAACCUGUUGGGAUCAUCCCAAAAUGACUGAACUCUUUCAAUCCCUUGCUGACCUGAAUAAUGUGCGUUUCUCUGCCUACCGCACGGCUAUCAAAAUCCGAAGACUACAGAAAGCACUGUGUUUGGAUCUCUUAGAGUUGAGUACAACAAAUGAAGUUUUCAAACAGCACAAGCUGAACCAAAAUGACCAGCUCCUUAGUGUUCCAGAUGUCAUCAACUGCCUGACAACAACUUACGACGGCCUUGAACAGCUGCAUAAAGAUCUGGUCAAUGUUCCACUCUGUGUGGAUAUGUGUCUCAACUGGUUGCUCAAUGUAUAUGACACGGGUCGGACUGGAAAAAUUAGAGUGCAGAGUCUGAAGAUUGGAUUGAUGUCUCUCUCUAAAGGUCUCUUAGAAGAAAAAUACAGAUAUCUCUUUAAGGAAGUGGCAGGACCUACAGAAAUGUGUGACCAGCGGCAGCUGGGCCUUUUACUUCACGAUGCCAUCCAGAUCCCCCGGCAGCUGGGAGAAGUGGCAGCUUUUGGAGGCAGCAAUAUUGAACCCAGUGUCCGCAGCUGCUUCCAACAGAAUAACAACAAGCCAGAGAUAAGUGUGAAAGAGUUUAUAGACUGGAUGCGUCUAGAACCACAGUCCAUGGUUUGGCUGCCAGUUUUACAUCGAGUGGCAGCAUCUGAAACUGCAAAACAUCAGGCCAAAUGCAACAUCUGUAAAGAAUGUCCAAUUGUUGGAUUCAGGUAUAGAAGCUUAAAGCAUUUUAACUAUGAUGUCUGCCAGAGUUGCUUUUUUUCGGGCCGAACAGCAAAAGGUCAUAAAUUACAUUAUCCAAUGGUGGAAUAUUGUAUACCUACAACAUCUGGGGAAGAUGUUCGCGACUUCACAAAGGUGCUGAAGAAUAAGUUCAGAUCAAAGAAAUACUUUGCCAAACAUCCUCGGCUUGGCUACCUGCCUGUUCAGACCGUUCUAGAAGGUGACAACUUAGAGACUCCUAUCACACUCAUCAGUAUGUGGCCAGAGCAUUAUGACCCUUCACAGUCUCCUCAGCUGUUUCAUGAUGAUACCCAUUCAAGAAUAGAGCAAUAUGCCACACGACUGGCCCAAAUGGAAAGGAGCAAUGGAUCUUUCCUCACUGAUAGCAGCUCUACCACAGGAAGUGUGGAGGACGAGCAUGCCCUCAUCCAGCAGUAUUGCCAGACUCUCGGAGGAGAGUCCUCCGUGAGCCAGCCCCAGAGUCCAGUUCAGAUCCUGAAGUCAGUAGAAAGGGAAGAACGCGGAGAACUGGAGCGGAUCAUCGCUAACUUGGAGGAAGAACAAAGAAAUUUGCAGGUGGAAUACGAGCAGCUGAAGGAACAGCACCUGAGAAGGGAACUCCCAGUGGGCUCACCUCCAGACUCUACUGUGUCUCCUCAUCACACAUCUGAGGAUUCAGAACUUAUAGCAGAAGCAAAACUGCUCAGGCAGCACAAGGGUCGGCUGGAGGCCCGGAUGCAGAUUUUAGAAGAUCACAACAAGCAGUUGGAGUCUCAGCUCCACCGACUUCGACAGCUGCUGGAGCAGCCUGAAACUGAUUCCCGAAUCAAUGGCGUCUCCCCCUGGGCUUCCCCUCAGCGAUCUGCACUGAGCCACUCGCUCGAUCCUGAUGCCGGCCCACAGUUCCACCAAGCAGCAGCGGAGGACCUGCUGGUCCCCCCUCAUGACACCAGCACUGACCUCACGGAGGUGAUGGAGCAGAUCAACAGUUCGUUUCCAUCCUGCUGCUCAAAUCCCUCCAGCAGGCCACAGGCAAUGUGAAGUACUCAUCUAGCCAACAAACAUUUCCUGACCUUCAGUAUUGACCUUUCCAGCAAAUGCCAGUCCAAGUCCCAUUUAAUCAGAAGCUCCAUGGCUCUUUCAAACAGGCUGCUGAGCGCCGACUGUGUGUCCUACUGAAGGGGUGGAAACUGACUAUCCAAAGAGAGAAGGAUAUUUUGUUUUUAUAGUAAUCCUAUGUUAUUGUUUUCUCCUUCCCUUUCUAUGCAACUGUAAAUGAAUGAACAGAGAGGUAUUGGGAAAUGGUAAUACAUUUGUAUACUGUACACAGCAUUGGGAAAGUGGGUGGGGGCUUUCUAAUGUGAUACUUGUUUUUAAUAACCGUGACAAAAAUUGCAUAGGAACUAGGAGACAGUUUUACAUUCCUUUCUAUUAACCUUGUACAAUAACUUCGUGUAUUUUUUCAACUCUUUUACCUGUAUGGUUAUUUAUAAACUCAUCAGCCACACGACCAAAUAGAUUUCCUAUAUUUGUUUUCAUGAUUUGGCCAAUUAAUAGGUUCAUAUACUUCAGUCAGUUAUAUUACAGGUGUAUGGAUCAGGCUACAGCUCUGUGUAUACUUUUUAACUUUAUUUGACAACAUAUACUUAAUUUUUUCUUAGCAACCACUUGGAUAACUACCAUAAAAAGCCAGUGGGUCUAACUGGCAUGUCCAUUUGGUAUUUUUCCCUGCAUUUUAUUUGCCUGCUCUAUAUAAGUAGCUCUUGAUUUCUUUAUUUAUUUCAUCCCUCUGAGUUUAUAUGAUAGAGGAGACUUAAAGCAGAUUUAUAAUAAUCUCACAGCUCAUUUUACCAAAGGUUGCCUAUUAGGCAUAUUUUUAUUUUUGGCACAGAAACAACACUUAGUACAAUCUUUCCUAGUUCCCAGAUCUUGAUUUUCAUCAUUAAAUACACAGCAGACCUUUAACCAAUUAUAAUGCCAGACACAUUAUUGUCUUUGGUUCCCUUUAAAGAAAAUUGUAUUGUUGUUUAUGUAUAUUAAGUCCCUUAUAAUUCUUGAAACUUCCAGUUCUUUUCUUUUUUAAAGCAGACACAAAUUGAGUGCACAUCUCAUUUCCCCUUUUGGGUGAAUAAACAGAUUUUUAUUGUCCUUUAUGUAACCCGUACAUUUGGGAAGAAUGUAUCAAAAGCCUAUGCCACUACUUCUGCAGAAGAAUGAAAUUAAAUGCUUGGAUGGUCGUACCCUGCCUAAUUUUGAGUUCAUUCAAGUAGGCAUUUGGUUUAACUUCUGUUUAGCAUUUAAUUCACUCAGUUUAAACAUGGUAUAUACUUACCAAAUGUAGAGAAUUUUUUUUUAAGUUAAAGUAAUGUGUUUUGAUUCAAGCACAUAUGCUUUUAAAACAGCAGGACAGUUUAACUUUGGGUUCUCUUGACCUGGGAUCUGGCCAGAAGGAGGCUUAAAGUUAGAAAUUCUAUUCUUUGUGAAUAGGUCGGGUGGGUUAGGGGGCAAGGGUGUCUAUUUGCAGCAUAGAUAUUUUGAGAAGAUUGUUUUAUACAAGAGGAAAGCCAUGACCACCUUUCUACCUCAGACCCGUCUUCAUCCAUUGUGUCAGAAACAGCUUUACACUGCUACAGUCUGCAAAACUUAAAGCUUUUAUCAGCCACAUUAUACCCAAGAAAAGUAUCUAUUUAAAGAAGAAAAAAAAAUCCCUGGACUCUGAACUACAAGUUGUAGAUUUGGUGUCUUCCUUGUUCUUUGAAAAAGUUAUGUAUUAGUUUUUUCCUGCCUGUAAUUGUGUGCAACACGUCCUCUAUCUGCUAUUAAGGAAAAACUACAUAAAACACUACAUUGUAACCUUGUAAGAAAUAUUAAAUAAAAAGAAAUAUAAUGCAGUAAAACCAAGGGGAAAUAAGUAUGUAGUUAUUUGGAAAUAUGUGGUCAAGUACUAACCAUAGACUAUCAUCUAAUGUGGUUACAUGUAUUUUUCAUCCUGAAUAAAAGUAAUUUUAACACAA